AAUUAAAAGUGCCAAAUUCUACUUUGUCCGUUAACUAACCCUCACGCCAUUUAUCUUCUUCAUUUUUCUUUUUGUUCACAAUAAUAAAUCCAAAACUGCCGUCUGCCACCAGCCUUCUCCCUUAUUUAUAAUAAAACUGUUUCACAACUCAUGGGCAUAUCCAUAAGAACGAAAACCAAAAAAAAAGAAAAAGAAAACUGAAAAACUAUUAGGAAUAGAACAGUAGGGGUAGAGCCAUGACUUUCCUUCCGGUCCACGCUAUUGUGAAUCUACGAAUGCUAUUUCUGUUGAUCGGAGCAUGUUGUAUUCUGGUUGGAGUCAACGGUGGAUGGGAUGAGGAAGUAGGAUUACUGAGAAGAGGAGGCGGUGGCGCAGGAGGAGGAUAUCAGCGAGAGUUCAAUUACUUCAAGCUAUCUCUCCAAUGGCCAGGCACCUAUUGCCGAAGAACUCGCCGUUGUUGUUCUUCCAACGCCUGUUGCAGCCGCUCGAACUCGCCACCUGUAUUCACAAUUCAUGGACUUUGGACAGAGUACAAUGAUGGAACUUGGCCUUCCUGCUGUUCUGGUAAAGCAUUUGAUGAGAGAGAGAUUUCAACAUUGCUCGAGCCCUUGAGGAAGUAUUGGCCUUCUUUAAGUUGUGGUUCCCCCAGAUCUUGCCAUCACAGAAAAGGACCAUUCUGGGCACAUGAGUGGGAAAAACAUGGGACAUGUGCUUAUCCAGUUGUCCAUGAUGAAUAUGAGUUCUUUUUGACUACGUUGAAUGUUUACUUCAAGUAUAAUGUUACAGAAGUUCUGUUUGAAGCUGGAUAUGUACCAUCAGAUUCCGAAAAGUAUCCAUUAGGAGGCAUCAUUUCAUCAAUUGAAAAUGCUUUCCAUGCAACCCCCGAGUUAACAUGCUCAGGCGAUGCCCUGGAGGAACUUCGUAUAUGCUUCUAUAAGAAUUUUGAGCCUCGUGACUGUGCACGUGAUACUAGCGCCUUAUCAAGAGGGUCAUGUCCUCAGUAUGUCAGCUUGCCAGCCCAUGGAUCAUGGGUUCUUAGUGUUUCCACCAUGAGACUGAAUGACCAGGACCAGGCAAGGAAUGUGAAAGUUGGUGUGCCACACCUGUUUGCACUUUGGACAAAUAGAUUAGAAGCAGCAAUACAACAGCAGCUUCUUAGUCUACAGAAUAGUCUCUGGUUGGUUCAGCUAAUUUGACAAGGAUGCCAAAUGACCUUGGUUUAUUACUUUGUGGUGAAGCUCUGUGACAAUACAAGUUUCUGCCUUGGAUAGAUUAAUACUUUCAACACAUGCAAAUGUACAAGUGGACGAAUAGUAUUUGCUUGUGAACUUUCCAGUCUAUAAUCAUUGUAACUUUUAAGCAGAUUAAUAUGUUCCCUUUUAUGCUAUUCCAGUCUACUAAGAUAACUUUUCGACAUGGUUUAUCUUUGCUUGUGCAUAAAUAUAAAGAACAGUUGGUGGAAUUUUGCUAA